UCUCUCUUUCUCUCUCUCGCUCUCUCGGACCAGACCCCCCACAACACACUGCCAGGACACACCGACGGAGCUGGCGCUGCUGCUUCGCGUUCAACGUACGUGCCGUACCUCCUCGUUCCUUGUCAGCAGUCAGCGCUCGCGAGAGACAGUGUUACGUUACACUCGUUCUUUAAUACGCCAACGAUCGCUUUGCAGGCGUUCGUUCCGUUUACUACCAGUGCUCGUUAUUGGUUGGCCCAUGUGCUAGUCUCUGCCGCAUGCUGUCUUUCACGAAUCACUGAGCUAAGACAGAUAUAGAGAAAGAAUUAAAGCGGGGCAGCCGGCGCACUGAGUGCUGCAAGCUUGGGCUGGAGUGAUCGAGAGAGCGCACAGACGAUAAAAGUAAGAACAGGGCAGGCACGUAGGCGCUAGUGUCGGUCGAAAGAAUACAACGUCGAGAGAGAAAGGGAGGGAGAGAGGCAUCGUCGGAUCGAGAAGGAAAAAAAGAUCGAGUCCUGACCGCGGCUGACUGAUGAGGCAGUAGCAGUAGUAUUAGAAAAGAGCAAAGAGAGCAUAAUAAUCUAGUUGCGCGCAGAUUCAGCAGCCAAGAUGUUCAAAUUGCUCAAGGAACUGAAGGGCUUCGUGAAGCACCAGGACAUAAGCACGGAUUCGAUGGUGUUCCGCAUGCACAACCAUUUCACCACGGCAUUGCUCGCGACCUGCUCGCUAAUCAUCACUGCCAAUCAGUUCGUCGGCAACCCCAUUUCCUGUAUCGUACCUUCGGCUCUGCCCAUUCAACCGAUCAACACCUACUGCUGGAUCACCUCCACUUUUACCAUGCCGGAUGCUUUCAAUCGCCAGAUCGGCGUGGAAGUGGCUCAUCCCGGCGUAGCCAACGACUUUGGCGACGUCGAGGCAAGGAAAUACUACACCUACUACCAAUGGGUGUGCUUCGUGCUCUUCUUCCAGGCGAUGGCAUGCUACCUGCCGCACUGGCUGUGGGGUAUCUGGGAGGGUGGUCUCAUCAAAACUCUGGUGAUGGGCCUUAACAACUCGCUCGACACCGAGGAAUCUGUCACCAAAAAGAAGAACGUCAUUAUGGAUUAUCUCAUAUCUCACAUUCGGACGCACAACAUGUAUGCCUACCGUUACUUCGCCUGCGAGGCCAUCUGUCUGCUCAACAUCCUGGUGCAGCUGUACGCCAUGAAUAAAUUCUUCGAUGGCGAGUUCCUCACCUACGGGCUACGCGUCAUCAACUUGCCGGACACUCCGCAAGAGGAGCGCGUCGACCCUAUGGUCUACAUUUUUCCGCGGGUCACCAAGUGCAUCUUCCACAAGUACGGCUCGUCUGGCUCCAUUCAGAAACACGACUCCCUCUGCCUCCUUCCACUCAACAUUGUCAACGAGAAAACCUACAUCUUCAUUUGGUUUUGGUAUCUCAUACUGACCACUCUUCUUGUCGGACUGAUGCUCUACCGCGCGGCAAUCAUCUUCGCGCCUGCGCUCCGACCGAAGAUCCUGCAGAUGUCCUCCAGGCUGCUGGAGCUGGAGACCUGCCAGAGUAUUACCAAGAAGAUUGAUUUGGGAGACUGGUGGGUCCUCUACGUUUUGUCAUCGAAUAUGGACUCGCUGAUAUACAGAGAGCUGCUGCAGGAGCUUACGAAGAAGAUGAGUGAGCAUAUGUCACCGGUAAGCUCAUAGGGAAGGCCCUACUUGGCCCACGAUAGGCCAGGAAACAAGCUAGCAAGAUCCCGCGCCAAAUGGACUGAUCUAUAGCGAUGAGCCUGGCCUCGCUAGGACUGCGAUAAUAGAGUGCAUAGAAAAAUUGCGUGCCGAGCUUAGUGGAAAAACAAAUUUUUAUCACGACGUUACCUAAUUUGAGUUAUGCGUUAGUUGAAAACUAGAAUUUCUUUGUUAAUAAGUUCACAAUUUUCACAAAUAAUUGCCAGAGACGUAACAAAUCAAUAACUUACGUGGUUCGUUCUAAUCGCACUCAAGCUUCACUUCGUUUCAGAAUACCUUCAGUUUUUUUACUGAACGUGAACAAAGCAGUAUGACACAUUUAAAGGAAUGAGCUUGUACAAGGCUGAUUUUUUCUAAAAAUCUUGCUAAGUUUUCCAGAAUAUUAACAAUGACAAUUUGAUAUACCAAUAAAAAAGCAAUUCGAGAUACCCAGUUUGUAUUCGCGAAUUUUUCAAAAGAAAAAAAUAUAGAAUCACGAUAGUAUGUUAGGCCUUAUUUACGGUCCUAUUUUCGAGGUGAAUAUAGGCAACAUGUAUUUUUAUAUAAUGUAUACAAUUGUAAAACACACACACACACACACACACACACACACACACACACACACACACACACACACAAA